AUGUACAAGGCCGUCAUCCUGCCGACGCUACUGUACGGAGCGGAGACCUGGACGGUGUACACGAGGCAGGCACGUCGACUAAACCACUUCCACCUCAGCUGUCUCCGCCGCAUCCUGAGGCUGAACUGGCAGGACCGCAUCCCCGACACCGAAGUGCUGGAAGGGACGGGAAUUCUGAGCAUCUACUCCAUGUUGAGACAAAUGCAGCUGCGCUGGAGCGGCCAUCUGGUGCGCAUGGACGACGAGCGACUACCCAAACGACUCUUCUACGGAGACGUCGCGACGGGUUCUCGUCGUCAAGGAGGCCAAAUUCGCCGUUACAAAGAUACCCUGAAGUCCUCCCUGAAGCGCCUGCACAUCAACCCGACCAACUGGGAAGAGCUCGCCCGCGAUCGUCCGACAUGGAGGAGAACAGUGAAGACGGGCGCUGCUAUCUACGAAGCCCACCGCAUCGCCGCCGCCAAAGUUAAACGCGAAGCCCGCAAAUCACAACUUCGCCCAAUACGCAACGCCGCCGCACAACCUCUCCCUACGUGUCCUCGAUGUCAACGGACAUUCCGGGCACGAAUCGGACUUGUUGGACAUCUUCGAACCAACUGCACCUCUCGAACUGCUCCAGCCAUCGUCCCCCCGCCCGCCUCUUCCUCGUCCUCUCUUCCGCCAACUAACUCUGACACUCCUUCUGCACCACCACUUCCAUCCUCCUCCUUCUCCUCCACUGCCCCAACGGUAGCCGUUCAGGCUGCCAUCUCACACAUCGCCAACCACGACACAGCAACCGCAACCACCCCCACCUGCCCUCACUGCGACCGCACCUUCACCUCACACAACGGCCUGAUCGGUCACUUGCGAAUCCAUCGCACAGAGACUGGUGAACCAGUGCCUGGAGCACCAACCUACACCCACCGCACUCGCCUCCACUGCCCACAAUGCCCUCGCACCUUCCGGCAUCGCAUGGGUCUAUUCGGCCACAUGCGCAUCCACGACGACCUGCGGUAG